AUGACUUCGGUAUACGGUCUGGAGAAUUGGGAUCGCCCCUCGAAAUCGGAAAUCGAAAUGCGAUCAACACUUUUCAACUCAACUCAUCGUCAACUAUGCCUUCUGACUAUUAAAUACCUAGAAGAACUUUUAAAUCCAACUAAUUCAAAUGAAAUACCUGGAAGACUUGCAAGAGUAGGAGUCAGACAAAAAUGUUGUGCAGGAAUUAUGAUCUAUCAUGUGUUUCAAGUGUCGCAAGGAAAGUUUGAUGAAAUUGUAACAGGUCAAACUGAAAAUGGUCAACAAGUUGAAGUGACAAUCAACUCUAGAGCUUUAUUAACUAUAGUUGGUAGUAUAACGGAACAUGAAGAAUGGUCACUUGGCUCUAGAUUUGUUUUUCACAAUGCAAAUGUUAAAGAACAUGUGGAUGUGGUGAAAGUUUCAUGCUUCCAUAACCUUUUACAAUUUUUGCUGUAUAAUGGAGAGUCAAAACUAUUUUGA